AUGGACGCCACAGAAGAAGUUGACCCGCAAGAGGUGGAGCUCGAUACUCUGGGAGAGGAGAGGGACCGCAAUGUGCGGCCGCUCGCCAUUGCCUUCAUGACGCCAGAGCAGCGCGCAGCUCUGACGGCGAGCGAGCGCAAGGAGGUGAUGCGGGAGACGCCGCGGCUCUCGCUGGUGGCGCCGUCGCACGAGGCGGCAACCAUGGCAUCGGACGCGCUCACGCAGGCGUGGCCGCAGCGCGAGCCAUACGGAUCGCGGGCGACAGAGGACAUUGCUGUGCGCCUUGGGGCGUUUCGCCAGGCUUUUUCCGAGUCGCUCAUUCUCAUGGGCCAGCUCCUCGUCAUCGCCACGCUCCUCUGCGCCUACCACGCCACGGUUGCCCGCGACGAGCACCCGGCGCUAGUGUCGCGAGAUGCGUUCUUUGCGCAUGUGGACGCUGCGUCGUUCACCUGCGAAUCCGCGACGUCGACGGAGACGUGCGAUUCACUCGAGCCAAAUGAGAUCCUGUUCUUGGGUCGCCAGGGCAUCAGAAAACGACAGCUGUGUGUGGCGUUCAACGCCACAACGUCGCCGCGCAACGAGCUGAUUCGCCUGAACUCGUCGCGCAACAUACUGGCCUCGGGGUUCGAGUCAUACUCGAUUGUCGUCGGCCUCGCUCUCUUUCUCGGCAAGAAGCUCCUCCUCACAAUCCUCUCCUGGGUCUACCUCACGCUCGGCCUCGUCGCCGACGAGCGCGACUUUGCGGGCAACAACCCGCUUGCAGCCAUGCGCUCUGCAGGCCGAAACACAUGCUACGCACUGCACGUUCUCUUCUCACGCCUCUGGCGCCUGGCGGUGCCGAUUAUCAUUGAUGUCGUCCUCUUCACCCUCGCCUUUAUCACGUACAUCAUCGACUCCUUUGGCAGCAGCAACUCGCUCGGCUCGCUAUGCACGUUGCGCGACAACUCCACGCCCGCUGUGGUCAUGUGGAGCAUGCUUGCUACAGCAUCAUGCCUGGCCUUUGUCGCGUUUUGCGCACUCAUCAUCCUCAAGCCCUGGGACUUUCCCAUCCUCGACACAGUCGCAAUGCUCCGCAUCGACGAGCCCGAGCACCUGCCCGACUAUCUCACGCCCAUCGCUCCAGAGUCCAACCUGAGCACCGCGUGGCGAACACUCAAGAACUUUGUGACUCCGCCCGGCAUAUGCACCCGCCUGCUCCACGGGAAUGCCGAUGCAUGGAUCGCCAAGUGCGGCGAUCUCGCCCGCGACGUCUGUGUGCAGCUCGACGAGAAUGUGCACAAGUCGAAGAAGUCCUCCAAGUCGUCCAAGAAGACCAAGAAGUCGAAGAAGUCCUCGACCUCGUCGGCCGCCCCGGCCGCCCCGGCCUACCCUGGCUUCGGCUUCCCCGGCUACGGCUACGGCCAGCAGUUCGGCGGCUUCCCCGGCUACGGCUUCCCGCAGCAGCAGUUCGGCGGCUUCCCGCAGCAGCAGUUCGGCUCCGGCUACGAGCAGCAGCAGCAGCAGUUCGCCUUCCCGCAGCAGCAGUUCGGCUUCCCGCAGCAGCAGUUCUUCGGCGCUGGCUUCGGUGCCCCGGCCUUCUACGGUGCCGAGGAGCAGCAGCAGCAGCAGUUCCCGACCCAGCAGUUCGGCUCGUUCGCCUACCCGCAGCAGCAGUUCGGCGGCUUCCCGCAGCAGCAGCAGUUCGGCGGCUUCCCGCAGCAGCAGCAGUUCGGCGGCUUCCCGCAGCAGUUCGGCUACGGCUACCCGCAGUUCGGCGGCUACCCGUACGGCGGCCAGGUUGCUGAGCAGCAGCAGGAGUAA